CGAGCUGGCUCACGGCACAGAUUACUCAGAAUGCUAACGAGAACAUCACAGAACUCGCACUAGCUCUCGUUCAAUACUUUUUAUUUGUGUUUAAGAGCUUUUGUAAGCGUUUAAUUGGCAGUGACGUUUUGAGCAUUCGGUGACGCCCCCAGUCACUUGAGGUGUCGAAGAGUAACGAGUGAGAGCAUGCACAGCAGUCUCGGUUAGUCGAAAAGCAGAACGCACGUGAAGACUCUGGCUAGCCUUCUAAGGAUACAGUGAUAACACACAUUUCUCAACGGAGAGAACGCGAAAGAAACAUUUCAGGAUUAAUUUUGAUAAAGGAUUCUCGGAAUUUGUCUUUGGUAAAAGUAUGUUUUAUUAAUGUUUAAACAUCAUCGGGAUUUUGAUAAAUCAGACAAACGAUUUCUUUAUAAAGGAUGUUACGAUAGUGAUUUACAGAUAUAUUGGUUCUUUUUCGCAGCAAAUGGUUGUUGCCCAACGGAUUAACACUUUUGGACAGCAUUUAGUUGCGCACAGGUGAGACCUUUCCAAUUAUGAUGAAGUUGUGUAGUGAUUGCGGCCAUAUUGGCCUGGGAUUUCAUUUUCGGGUGUUGCUCGGGGCUCUGCUUGUCUUAGGAUUGGACGCGGGGUCAAGUCAACUUUUGGACAUGUUUGCUGGACAGAAAAAUCAACCAGAUCCUUGUUACACUGAAUCACAAGAGUCUCGGCGGUGCAUCCCUGACUUUGUUAACGCCGCAUUCGGCAAAGAGGUGAAAGCAUCAAGCACUUGUGGUACACCUCCAAGCCGCUACUGCAAGACGACUGAAGAUAAGGAUGGCAAAUUCGUCCGCCAGUGCUUGAUAUGUGAUGAUAGCAAUCUUAAACGGCGGCACCCACCCGCUUACCUCACAGAUCUGAACAACCCGCACAAUCUGACAUGCUGGAUGUCUACUCCUUUCAACCAAAACCAAAAUGUAACUCUUACACUAUCUCUGAACAAAAAAUUCGAACUAACUUACGUUAGUUUACAGUUCUGUUCACAAAGGCCAGACUCCAUGGCAAUUUACAAGAGUAUGGAUUACGGCAAAUCGUGGGUACCAUUCCAAUUUUAUUCAAGUCAAUGCAAGAAAAUGUACACUAAAUCGCCUAGGGGGUCUAUCACCAAAAUAAACGAGCAAGAAGCGUUAUGUACGGAUGCAUAUACCAACAUCGACCCGAUGAGUGGGACAAGGGUAGCAUUCAGUACCCUGGAGGGACGACCCUCUGCCUAUGAUUUCGACAACAGUCCUGUCCUACAGGACUGGGUGACGGCCACCGAUAUCAAGGUUGUCUUCAACCGCCUCUUAGCCUUCGAGGACAACACGAACCCAGACUCCCCGGACGAUAGCGAUAGUUCUUAUUACGCCCUCUCGGACUUCGCGGUCGGUGGCCGAUGCAAGUGUAAUGGCCACGCAUCCCGAUGCAUCAAGGACCGGGAAGGGAAACUGGUGUGUGACUGCAAACAUAACACGGCUGGCGUGGACUGCGAGAGGUGCAAACCUUUCCACUUCGAUAGGCCGUGGGCUCGAGCGACUGCAAGGGAGGCAAACGAAUGUGUCGCUUGUAAUUGUAACCUGCAUGCCAGGCAGUGUCGCUUCAAUAUGGAACUAUAUAAAUUGUCUGGCUACAAGAGUGGAGGCGUUUGCUUAAAUUGCCGACAUAAUACAGCAGGCCGGAAUUGUCACUACUGUAAGGAGGGCUUUUAUAGAGAUCACACUAAGCCCAUAACACACAGAAAGGCUUGCAAAGCGUGCGACUGUCACCCAGUCGGAGCUCUCGGAAAAACCUGCAACCAGACGACAGGACAGUGUCCCUGCAAAGAUGGUGUCACAGGAAUAUCAUGUAACAGAUGCUCCAAGGGGUACCAACAGAGCAGAUCACCCAUCGCUCCUUGCGUCAAAACCAAAAACGAAGGUGGUGCCGGUAAAAUAUUCACCGAAAAGCCAACAAAAAUACCGAAGCCUUCUUCCCCAGUGGACAUGCGUCCCAGCGUACCAGAUGGCAAAGAAAAACCAUGUGGCAAAUGCAAAGGACGUAGGAAGAAGGUCAACAUUAAAAUGUACUGCAGACGAGAUUUUGCAAUCCAAGCCCAGAUCACGUCAAGAGAAUCAAUCAACGAAUGGGUCAAGUUUACCGUCAAUGUCCAGAGCAUCUUCAAAAAGAGUCGUAAGCGCACAAUUAAACGCGGCGAGUCAUUCGUCUGGGUGUCGCAGGCAGAUCUCAGCUGCAAGUGUCCCAAGGUCCGCGUUGGCAGACGAUACCUGAUCAUCUCACACGACAACAAACAGAACGCGCAAAAUGGAUUGAUCCUGGAUAACAAGAGUUUGGUGAUUCGCUGGCAGGAUACUUGGAAGAGGCGAAUGCAGCGGUUUAUGAAAUACGACAGACGCGGAAAGUGUAAAUAGAUAUAAGAUUAUUAUUGACUUCGUAGACAUUGUUGAUCACUGUUACAGGGAUCUGUUUUCGUUUGGGUUUCCUUGUGAGCUGAGGAGCUGCCCGGGGAGCUGCGCGUUCCUUCGGUGUUUGAUGCACAACGGCACGUCUGCUGCGGGGCCGAACGUCUGCGACGAAGCCGAAUGUCUGCCAAGUGUUGGCGGACGAUGGCGCACUUUAGAAGCUCUAGUCUUGCUGUAAAAGGAAUGCACUAAUAAGAUGUAAAUUCUGUUUUAUUCGGAAACAUAUCAAAACAGGCAAAAAUAAAGCUGGUGAUGUUUGAAGGAAGUCGUUUGAAAGUACUGGGCUCUAGAAAGUCAAGCAGCUGGAACUUCAAGGUGAAAUGUUUUUGCCGAAUUUUGAACAUAAGCUUAUUUUAUGAGAAUGGCCAGGAACUGUAAGUUGAAAAUGGUUGUUGCCUAAAUCGUUACUCUUGGAAAUAGAGUUCCCUGGGAACGUCUGCAGAUGGAAUGGAAUGGGUGAACGACGGUGGCCGAGUUGAACGGUCCAGGAUAGAUGGCAAUCGCAUUGUGCUCAAGCGCUCGGCUGCAAUCGCGAACGGUUUGAGUAUUUAAUGAACUUUUGCGGCUCAGUGGCUAUCGCAUAUUCAUGAUGGCGAUGAGGUUUAAAUGUAAAAACAAUGGUGUCCUCAAAUUUAGCAGAAUACUUGGCAUUGUGUGUUUCGGGAGUACAGAGCAUUACUUUGAACUAUUAAACUAUAGUAACUCAUAAAACCGCAGAAUGUUCUUGGUAAGAGCUCAACGAAUUGGUGGGUAGUCAGCCAGGAUUAUACCUCUGAAGUGAAGGUUCCCCUAGGGUAGGGCGUGGAUGACGAAGAUCUUUGGCUUCCACUAUCAGCACACUAUCCCAAUCAGUCAUACAAUGUAAUUCCCAUCUAAUCGAAGUAGUGUGGUUAUGUAAUGAUUAGUACUCUUUAUUGGCACUUGGGCGACAUCAGCAUUUGGCACAUGCAAGUAGUCAUCAGAAACCCACGUUGACGCCAACAUCCUGGUUGGCCGUAAUACCAACGUCAAUGUGUCUUUGGUACAACUGUUUCAGACAUUCUGUACAGAGGGCUAUUUUCGCUAGUUAGUUGUAUAUCUAUGUGUACAUUUUGAUGGUGAGGUUAUAGAUGUAAAGUGAUUAGAAUAUAUUAAUUGUAUUCGGGUCAUGGAGGACGAAAGAAAAAUAAUGAUGUCAUUCAAUCGUGAAUCCGAUAAAUGAAUAGAGAUGCUCAGCUGGAGCGGGGCAAAACGAUGGGAUGGAUAUAAGAUAUUGGAGAGAGCGUUAUUCCAGAACAAGCAGUUUGACAUCGUGGAGUGACUGUCCUCACAUGUCAAGCUCUUUCCGGAUCUUACACCAAUAUAAUAUCGUCAAGAUCAAAAACUGCCUCCCAAGACUGUCCACAUACUGCGAGUGUUACUCUGUUCAGCUGUAUGAGCUGAAUAGCUCAGAAACCUUUCGACACCACUGUUUUUGUUGUCGGAAUCAGUAAGUGUGAAGAAGAACAACUUUCAUCAGCCAUGCACUCCAUACUUCUGUGUGGAGAAUCAUGUCUUCGAGAAAUUGCACUUUUACCCACCACGCCCUUGGUACGGAGUAUGGUGGUUCUUUGCCUUGUCUCGUCGUUGGAAAUCUGAGGGGAGGAUGAUAUUUGAUUUGACAUACUAUAAUUUUCCUGUCAAGUUUGUUGGUUAUAACCGUGUCCGAUGGUCAUGUGUUAGAUAGAUUCCAUGAAUACCGUCAUUAGCCGGUAUAGGUUAUAUAUGACAACAACACAAUACGACUGUACCGCGCCCAUGCGGAUUAUGUGACAGUACGCCGGACGGAAUGUCAUCCAUAUUGCGAUAUGGUUCGAAGGACUAUGCCACCAGUGGAUUACCACAUAAAAAAAUAAAUAAAUGGAUGCUAAAUAAUGGAACUCAAACUGUUUUAAGCAUCUUUCGAAUGAGAAAAACCAGAUAUGUCUGUACUGGCACCAUCCGUAUGGGGUCUAAUUCCAUCCAUAUUGGCGUAUACAUGUAUCCGGAUGGUCGCGGCACAUGCGACCUCCUGUCAUCGUCUUGUAAUCUUACUUCCUGACACCGUGUUGUGAGACUGGUUUCUUCGCCACUACGACUGACAUAAGUUUAGACCAACAAUUUUCACCAUCGAUAUUUGCAGCAAUCACUUAUUUCUCCUUUCGUACGUUCUCUUAGCUAUUUCAAAGCUUCCGUGUCGGUGACGAACGAGACCCAUAUUGCCUGCCCUUGGUGGGCGGCGAUUCGUCUCGGUGGCUGUCUCACCUUAUGGCCAGGACAAAUCCUACCAAUCAAUCAGAUGGAGCAUAUUCGCAUGGAUGGCAUGGCGAACACGGUAAAACACUUCCAGUUUAUUGGCGAGUGACCUGAGGUGACAUGCCAAAAUCACCGUGGCAAUAGAUAGCUUAUUAUGAAAUUGGCCUAAACGACUUCCGGUCGUUAUAACUCAGUUUUUUUCACCAAAAAGCUGCUGCUGUCUACGAUUUCAUGAUCAAAUAUAUAAACGGUGUCCUAAAAUGAACACUUAUUUUCCCAUCUGCCAAAUUCAGGUAAUUUGCAUUGGGUUGUGCAACGUCGCGUUAUGCCAUCAAGAAGCAAAUUACUUUCUCUUUGGCCAAAAAUAUCUUGAAUUUUGUUGGCUCAUCCCUAAGAUUCGCAAUGGCGAAGGAAUCGGUUCGUCUGGUACUUAGUAUUGUGUAUAUUUGCAAUUUGUGAUAACAAAAUUAUGUGGAUAGGGUACUUUGCAGUUAUUAUCAAUACAAAAUAAGAGACAGUAUUAAAUGUGUACACCGUUUUUAUCUGAGAAACACAGUAUGUAGAUAUUUUCAAGAGAAAAUUAAUUCGUUGUUUAAAGCGGCUGCAUUAAAGGAGUACCGCGAGUAUAUACAUGUGUGUGUUGAUAGGACUAAUUCAAUACUCGUACUGGCAAGAUAUAUACUCACUUUAAUUUACCAUUGGUCGAAACGUGAAAUAAAUACAUAAUAAUUUCUAGAAA